AUGGCUAAUUUUUUCUGGUCGGUUUCUUUGAUUACCGUUUUCAUCGCGUUACUUCCCAUUCUAACACAAGCUGAUGUAAAAUUGAUCAACAACAUCUGCAAUACAACUAUGGAUUCAGGAAACUGUCGUUCAAUUCUUAACACCCAAUUGCAAAGGAAAGACGUAGAAAAAGGUAUUUAUGGAUUAUUAUACAUAUCAUGUGAAUACACUAGGAAUGUAGCACAAAUAACUUGGUCUAAUAUAAAUUACCUCGUCCGAGAUGCUGGAAAAAAUCCUGUAGCACUAAUGAUAGUAAAACUCUGCCAAUCCAAGUAUAGAGAAGCAACGGAAUCGUUUUCCGUAGCGAUGAACAUUACAAAACAUCAUGAUUCUCGACAAGCUGUGUCGCACAUCAGAAAUGGACUCGAGAAAGUUAAUGAAUGCAAUCAAGUUCAACAUAGCACUCUUUUGCUUAAUAGUUACCAAAAAAUAGUUAAAUCCACUGAUAUUUCUUUUAAAGUUGCUAGCUUCAUCGCACCACUUUGA